AUGGCGAACAACGCAUUGAGCGUGAAAAGCAAGACUGCUGGCCCAAAUCAUUCACUCCGAAUUACUCCCUCCAAUUCUCCUUCGAUCAGACCACCGACGCGCUCCGCUAAACCUUCCCUAUAUCAAUCCGCCUUGUCGCUCCAGACGGUAAUUGGCACGACGACAACUACACCUAAUGGCUUCUCAUAUCACGAUCAAAGCAACUCGUUUGCCUUUUGCGCUGGGUCCGCCGCUGUAUUGGCGGAGGUGGACGAGAACAACAAUUUGAAACAACGCUUCUUUCGUGCGCGACCAACAGCCAUCAGUAUCAAUCCAAUAACCUCGUUCUACAACCAGUGCACACCCCCGGCUACGCCUGAUGCUAGAAUAAAAUCUCUGCCAGGUAUCAAAGCCACACCCCACAACGGUAGCUACAAUAGCUCACCGUCAACUGAAGCAGUGGACGGGUCUAGUCCCCGCGCAUGGUCAUCAAGGGAGAGGGUGAAGGCGGUCACCAGUGUUGCCAUAAGCCCGAAUGGGAGAUUUCUUGCUCUAGGAGAGACGGGCUACAACCCCCGAGUCCUGAUAUUUUCAACCGCAAAGGACGCACCUCCAGACGUCCCACUUUCGAUACUCACGGAGCAUACAUUUGGUGUUCGUGCCCUUGCAUGGAGCCCAAAUUCGCAAUAUCUAGCAACCCUUGGGGAUGUAAACGAUGGUUUUCUUUUCGUAUGGUCCAUCGGCCUCAAAAAUGGAUCAGCAAAGCUCCACUCGACGAACAAAUGCACAACCGUUGUUCGCGACAUGACUUGGUUAGGCCAAGCUUUGAUAACGGUGGGAGUUAGACACGUGAAAGUUUGGAGACUUCCAGAUAUCAGGCCUGUGUCUCCGUCCAAGUCUCGCACGAACACCGGCGAAUCUUCCAACUUCGUCACGCCCAAGGCUCUAUCUGGAAGGAACUGUGUGUUGAAUGCGUUAGCUGACAGUAUAUUCACCAGCGUAGUUGGAAUCUCUGAUUCAGAGGCUAUUGUCGGCACUGAUUCAGGGGCACUCUGUCUUGUCGAUGACAACGAUGGCAACGCCAAGCUUACUCUCGUACAGCAUAUGGAUUUCGGCAUCACGUCACUAACAGCCGACUCGGACCGGGCUUGUAUAUGGAUAGGUGGGCGUGGUAGACGUAUACGGAGACGUGCGUUCGAGUCGCUGCGACCACCAAGCAAUCUUCCAUCUCCACGUUCCUUUAGUCGAUCACCGACAGAGCCAAAGUCGAAGGAGCCAGCUAUCACUUGCAUUGGCUCCCUUGCCUCUCAUAUAAUUACGGUGGACGGCACCAAAGCGAUCCAUGUCUAUCCUGUCGAUGACCUCACCGACGAAGGCGAACAGUGUGACACGGGAAUUGCCAUGCCGGCUCAUCGAGACUCUGUUCUUGGUGUGGGACCGCUGAAGAUACCAAAUCAUCUGAGUGCGGAUUUCUUUACCUGGUCCAGCCGGGGUGUCGUCAAAUUUUGGAACACCCAAGGCGAGUGCCGUGAUUCGCGGACGGUCCCUGUUGAGCCAUUUGCAGGCGGCGACGAUGGCACCGCAAAUGAGCUCAAGAUAUUGCGGACAAGUACGGACAUGGGUCUGUUUGUAUCCGGCGACAAAGUUGGCGUUCUACGUGUACUAGAAGGACAAGAGUGGAAGUGCGUGGACGAAGUCAGGGCCCACGGGGGCGAGAUCACAGACAUUGCCCUCUGUGAAACUACUGACUCGUGUGUGAUUGCUAGCUCAGGUCGCGAUCGGAUGGUGCAGCUUUUUGAAAAGCGCGACAACAGCCUUCAGCUGAUUCAGACCUUAGAUGAUCACGUCGGCGCAGUGACCCAACUUCUUUUUGUCAAUCGAGGAGAGAGGCUACUAUCUUCAUCCGCGGAUCGUACAGUUCUGAUAAGAGAGCGUGUUACUCGUGAAACCGAAGGGAGUACCGCAAUUGCCUACAUGGUAUCAAAAGUGAUUACCUUGAGAUCAUCCCCGGUGUCAAUGUCCCUCUCUCCGGAUGACCCAGACACUGUCGUUUUCUCGACUGUGGAUCGUUGCGUACACCAAUACGACUGGACUUCCGGCCGUCACAUCCACUCUUUCCGCGCUGCUGAUUUCGAGUCGAAUGAUACAGUAAUCAUGGGUUCAUUAACUGUGGCUUCUGCUAUCCCCGGACAAACCCCUAGAUUGCUUAUAGGGGCCUCGGGAACAGACAAGUCAAUCCGUGUAUAUGAUAUGGAAAAAGGUGCCUUUCUUACAGGCGAAUUCGGCCACACGGAAGGUGUCAGCGACAUUCAGCUGCUGGAAAGGGUUUCCGAUGCGCCCAGAGAUCAACCGGAGCGGAUAUUGAUAAGCUCCGGCAUUGACGGGGUAGUCAUGAUUUGGAACAUAUCAGUGCAAUCACAGCAAACACCAGAAACUACGCAGGCAAGCUCCAACGACGAGGACGAUGUUUCCUCAAAGGAGCCGACCUUAUCUAGACCUCCUAUACGGAAAGUGUUGUCCCGGCAAGACCUCGCAGGAUAUCAACGAACGGAGGGCUCAGGUUUGACCUCUGUUCCGGCACGCGACGGGCCGGAGCAGUCCCCGCUAUUAUUGCGCAGACUGUCGCGAGUAUCUAUCGUUCCAACACUGAAAAAUGAGGGCUUGGUGCCAGCGACACCUCCCUCUGCACCGUCGCGUCGGUCGCCCACUUUGUCUGUUCGGCCAGAGAGGUUGCGAAAUUCGCCGUCGCCACCCAGCCCAAAAUCCACAGGUGCAAAAAAGACCAUGGAUUCACGCCGCCGCAACAAUGGCCGCUGUUCGUCUCUCGAUUUUCGGGCAAGGUCUCGAGCUUCUGGGAGAAGUGAAUUCGGAAGUUUGAACAUGUCAACUGAACAGGUUUGCCGCACUCUGAAAGCAUACAGAAAGAAGCUCAACGGGUCGACUGAGUAUUUACAAUCUCAAAAAGAGCUAGAGCGAGAGCUAGGCCUCACGCUGCGCAUUCUCAACUCACGGGCGAAAAAAGCUGAAACCCAUAAAGGGGAGAUUGAGACUGAUAGCAGCGGCAAAGAAAAUGAGAGAAUUCCUCCACCUCCCCCCGUCCCGAGCAAAAGCGGACGCAUACCCCGUCGGGUUCCGUCAACACCAAAUCUGGGCCAAAAGAAAUCGCCGAGGUAUUCUCGUCGGCGCUCGCUUGACGCAGCAGGAGAAGGCUGA